AACCUGGACUAUUGGAUCUCCCUUGACUGCAAAACAAACUCCUUGGUGGCUUUCCCUCUGGCGGCAUCAGCAGCUGGGCAUGCUCAGUUAGCCCGGGCCGGCUCCGGGGCAAAUAGAAAGCUUUUGCGCGGAGCUGAGCUGGAGGCUGGAGGCUGGGUGAAGUGGGAGGGGAUAGGAGGCAGGGGGCGGGGGUAGGCUUGGAAGCCGGCUGCAGGCGCCUGAGGUUGCUGGGAGCGCUUCCUGACCUCCCAGCCCCCAAGUCAGUCAGAACGAAGAAGGAGGGAAAGGAGAACUACUAAAGGAAGAGUCUGCGUGGCUCCGGCUCACGGAAAGAGCAGCGGCGGUAGCUGCAGUGAGAGAAGCAGGGAGGCAGGCAGAGGGGACAUCAGCAACUCGCGAAGCAGCACGGACCCGGGAGGCGCGCGCUGUUCAGGAUCCGCGGCGGCUUCGGGGCGGCGGCGGCGGCGGCGGCGGCUGCUGCUGCUGCUGCUGCUGCUGCUGCUGCUUCUUGUUCUUGUUCUUCUUUUUCUGUAUUGCUGCUAUGUUUCACUGCAUCCCGCUGUGGCGGUGUAACCGUCAUGUGGAAACCAUCGAUAAGCGUCACUGUUCCCUCGUCUACGUCCCGGAGGAGAUCUACCGCUACACCCGCAGCCUGGAGGAGCUGCUCCUAGACGCCAACCAACUCCGUGAGCUGCCCGAGCAAUUUUUUCAGCUAGUAAAAUUACGGAAACUUGGACUUAGCGAUAAUGAAAUUCAGAGGCUCCCUCCAGAAAUAGCUAACUUCAUGCAAUUGGUAGAAUUGGAUGUGUCUCGAAAUGAUAUUCCAGAAAUUCCAGAAAGCAUCUCAUUCUGCAAAGCACUUCAGAGAGCUGACUUCAGUGGAAACCCACUGACUAGGUUACCAGAAAGCUUUCCUGAGUUACAGAAUCUCACCUGUCUUUCUGUAAAUGAUAUCUCACUCCAGUCCCUACCUGAAAACAUUGGCAACCUUUAUAACCUGGCUUCACUGGAACUAAGAGAGAAUCUGCUUACAUAUUUGCCUGAAUCUCUUACCCAGCUGCAGAGACUAAAGGAACUUGAUUUGGGAAACAAUGAAAUCUAUAAUUUGCCAGAAACAAUUGGAGCACUCAUACACCUUGAGGAUCUCUGGUUGGAUGGGAAUCAGCUGGCUGAAUUGCCUCAGGAAAUAGGAAACUUGAAAAACCUGCUGUGCUUGGAUGUCUCAGAAAAUAAGCUAGAAAGACUUCCUGACGAGAUCAGUGGCCUAGCUUCCCUCACAGAUUUAGUCAUUUCUCAGAAUUUGCUGGAGGUUCUUCCUGAUGGCAUAGGAAAAUUAAGGAAACUGUCCAUCUUAAAGGCUGAUCAGAAUAGACUCGUGCAACUAACAGAAGCAGUUGGAGAAUGUGAAAGCCUCACUGAGCUUGUUCUGACGGAAAAUCAACUUCUGACUUUGCCCAAAAGCAUUGGAAAACUAAAGAAGCUGAGCAACUUGAAUGCAGACAGAAACAAAUUAGUGUCAUUACCAAAAGAGAUUGGUGGGUGUUGCAGUCUCACUGUAUUCUCUGUGCGGGACAACAGACUAAGUCGGAUACCCUCAGAAGUGUCACAAGCAACAGAACUUCACGUCCUCGAUGUUGCUGGAAAUAGAUUACUGCAUCUGCCUUUAUCCCUGACUAACUUGAAGCUGAAGGCUUUGUGGCUGUCUGACAACCAGUCCCAGCCUCUGCUUACAUGCCAGACUGACACAGACCAUGAAACAGGAGAAAAGAUCCUAACCUGUGUUUUGCUUCCUCAACUGCCUUCUGAACCCAGUUGCUCAGAGAACUUGCCCCGCUGUGGGGCCCUGGAAAGCUUAGUCAAUGAAAUGUCAGAUGAAGCAUGGAAUGAGCGGGCAGUCAACAGAGUCAGUGCAAUCCGAUUUUUGGAAGAUGAGAGGGAUGAAGAAGAUAAUGAAAUGAGAACACUUCUAAGGCGAGCCACUCCACACCCAGGAGAGUUAAAGAGUAUGAAAAAGACAGUGGAGAAUUUACGGAAUGACAUGAAUGCUGCAAAAGGACUGGAUUCGAACAAAAAUGAGGUCAAUAAUACCUUUGACAGAGUGACCACUUCUGUGUAAAGCCUCCAAGUUUUUACCUCCUGUGUCUUCCCCUGCUGUCGAAAUGGUCCUGUCUUCCAAGGAAUCUCAUCCAGCCCUUUGUCUUAACCAGAUCCUGACCCAUCAUCUCCUUUUACCGCCUAGUGGAGGGUGCUGCUGUCUCGAAGGAAGUGCCUUAUACUAACCAGUUGUGGCACCAGUAAUCUCCAGAUAAUAUAUUUUUAAUGGAUUUUUGGUCACUUUUAAUGAGUAGAAUACACUACUGUACAACUUCACCUGUCAUUGUUGUCCUAUGUUGGGGGAAGGAGGGAUUUUGACCCUCUCCCCCACAGUGCUGGGAUCUUUUAGACCCAGGUAUACUUGGACCUACUGAUGAAAGAUAUAGUUUUAUGUGAAAAAAAAAAGAUACUUUUUUAAACAUUUUUUGGCAGCUCAGAUGGUGUAAAUUUUAAAAUUUUGUAUAGACAUUUCAUAAGAAAAUUAUGUAUUUCUUUUUUGUUGUUUUAUCUGGAAAACGGUACAUAUUUUACUAUUUGUGGGGUAGGGUGGGGAGGGAAAGACAGUCCUGAAGUAUUCAUUUGUAUUUGUACCACCCAGUUGUGCCUUAAUGUGUGUCCUGUUGUAUGUCAUCCUAAACAGUGGCAUCCAUCCCUAAGCGGAGAAAUUAGGAUAGGGGGAUGCACUUUUUUAGCCAUAUUUUCUCUUAAAUUGUUUGUUUGUUUUUUUAACCAACAAGAGGGUAGGAAGUUAUCAAGAGGGACUCUUGACUUAGAAAUCAUAUCUGCUUGAUUACCUGAGAGAUGAACCUGCAGGUCUAAGCUUCUACUGUUUGAUUACUUACACUUUAAAACUUUUUACAAAGACAGUGUCUUAAUUGUUCAAAUGCAAUGAGGUUGCCCUUGCUGGUGAGGCUUGUGCCAUUUGUAAACGAGAAUGGAACAGGAAGCACAGUAGGAGAUUGGUUCAGAGUACAUUAGGAGAACAAGUAAAUGUACCACAGAGGAAAGCAUGAUGCUAUUGAAAACGGCUUUAGAGGUUUUAUAUCCAGAUAUAAAACCAUAAUAAAGCAGAAAUCUUAUAACUAUACCAGAGCAACAUUGGUGUCAUUAUGAGUGCAAUUUAAUUCGAAAAUAGUUUGUUGGGAAAGGUAACAAAAUGCUCUAAAAGAUGUUGAAUAAAGUAGCCAGUUGUAUUUUGGGGCAGGUAGACACAGGGAAGGGAUGUGUGUGCAUGUGUGUGUGUGUGCUUUUGUCUGUUAAUUUCUGCAAGAGAUUGUGUAAAAGUGAUGAAUAUUUUAAGCCACCACCAUUUAUAACAUGGUUUAUGACAAGAGGUUGUGAUGUACAUCACUCGCUUUGAUAAAAUCAUAGCCUUUUGAAAGAACUGAAAGACAUGUUAUUUUUAUGGGGGGGAGAGAAAAGGGCAAAUAUUAUGGACUACAGUUAAGGUGGAAAUGAAUGCUGCCAACUGACUAAAAGACAUCAGUGGAAUCAAAUUAUCUCCCUAAUGAAGUCAACUCACCCUGGACAGUGGCAUCCAAGACUUUUUUUUUAGCAUGAAUGUAUCCAGGUGUAUUUUUUUAGUGAGCUGCAUUUCUUAAAGAUUUAUUUGGUUUUGCUCUUAUAAUGAGUCAUUUUCAUUACCCAAGACAUGUGUUGGUUUUAAGUUUAGGCACCUUUGGGAGCUGCAUUAUUACUCUCAGUCGGUCAGAUCAGUUAAUGCUCACAUUUGACUUCAGCUUUCUGUUGGACUCACUGACCCACGAGGAGAACCAUUCUAAUCUUGGAUUCUUUACCAAUCUUGUUCUAACUAAUCAAAUUAAAUAAUACGUUUCUACUACUAUAAAUUUCCUUAUUAUUUAAUCUGUCUUUAUAAAGGUCUUAAAAAGCAACAACAACUAGGUAUUUAUUGAAUUGCAUGUACUCUGGCAAAGAGGUUCCAAGCCAUUUCUGCAGCCUACUCUUGGAAAAGGUUUGGUGCUUCUGCAGUGCUGUGUUGUACCAUGUCAUGCUCUACUUGUUUCCACUCUUGUUUUCAGUGGAUGAAUAGAAACUUUUGAUCAAAUGCAAGGAGACAGCUUGUAUUUUGGCUUAUGCAGUUAAAAAAUCUGUGGGAGUGAUGUCAUAAGCAUGUUGUUUUUCAUCAGCCGAUCAAUUUAUUUAAAAAGAAAAAUCCUUUUGAUUCCAAAGCCAUUUUGUUUGUUUUGUUUUUUAAAUAAAAAUCCUCUACUCUUUAUUA